AUGAGAAGUUGAACUAACUACACAAAUCUCUUCCCAAUCCCAACAACUCAGCUUAGGUUCCCAUAAUCUCCCACACGCUGCAUCACAUAAGCAUUAUCCCUCAUCUAUAAAACUCCAAAGCCAACCCUUGUAUGCAAACCAUUCUCAGAAGAAACUUCUACCCUCAUUCAGAACUCUCAGUCUUUUAGCAAUUCAGAAAUGGCUCAUCACCAUGAACCAUCCAUUCUGUUGCCUCUGCUGCUCAUCACUCUGUCCCUAAUGAGUGGCAAAGAAGUUCUUGCAUCUCGUCACCUUCUCGAAACCACAUUGCCUACGGUUCCUGAGCUUCAUAAGGUGGAAUUGCCACCUCUUCCUACACUCCCUACUUUGCCUAAAUUUGAACUGCCACCUCUUCCCAAGGUUGAGCUUCCACCUCUGCCUCAUGUCCCAACUCUACAAGAGCCCCAGCUGCCGACUUUGCCCAAGCCUGAAUUGCCAACCGUUCCACAUGUCCCAGCUUUGGAGAAGCCUGAACUGCCAGAAUUGCCUAGUCUGCCCCAUCUACCUGACCUGCUUAAGCCCACACUACCUACCAUCCCAACCCUUCCAAAGGACAUACCCUUCCCUUCUCUUUCCCAACCCCACUCAACCACUAGCCCUUGAGCUUUUCCAGUGCUGAGUUUCAUAUCAUCAUCGCAGUCUUACUAGUUUUUCGGAUGGACUAGAGAUUAAUAUGGGAAGGAAUCCUUAAAAGCCAGGGUUGCACCCUGGCUCAUAUGUGUGUGGACUCUGUUUUCCUUUAUAGUUUUCUAUUGCAAUGUACUGAUUUGUGAUUGUGGUUGAUUUAUGAGGGGGCGUCUGAUGUGUGGAACUGGGUUCUGUUUGAAGUUACUUGUAUUCUCUCAUGGUUGUUAAUUAUUUAUGGUUCAGGUUUAUCUCGCAAA